AUUUGUCUACUCAUAUUAAUUACUAUGGAAACAGUUCCUGUUUCCUAAAAACAAGCGUCGCGCACAUGACGUCACCAUUAAGGGACUGACAGAAUGACAGCGCUUAUCUGGUAUUAGGUCGGUCUGGAAGAUUCUGGGCCUAUCGGGAGGAGGCGGAACCGGACAGUGACUCGGCAGCACGGGACCGUGAGUCAGCAUGGGCGGCCGGGUACAUAAGAACUGCUGGGCCGGGGUAUGCAGGAGAGAUUUCCCUGUACGAGGCUGGUGCUUUUUUACAUUGUAUGAUGGAGUUUCCUGAUUUGGGAAAACAUUGCUCUGAAUCCACAUGCAAGCAGUUGGAUUUCCUUCCACUGAAAUGUGACGCAUGUGAGGAUGUUUUCUGUAAAGAUCACUUUAAUUACAAUCGGCACAAGUGCCCCUCUUCAUUCAAGAAGAAUGUGCAAGUUCCUAUCUGUCCACUGUGUCGCGCCCCAGUUCCAGUUAAGAAAGGAGAAUCACCAGAUGUUGCUGUAGGACAGCACAUAGAUAUGAACUGCAAUUUUGACCCUGCAAAGCGUAAACAGAAGAUAUUCACUAAUCGAUGCUUAAAAGCAGGUUGCAAAAAGAAAGAACUCUUUAAAAUCGUAUGUGACCAAUGCCAAAAUAAUUUUUGUGUCUCUCACCGGCAUCCCUUAGACCAUGACUGUAAAUUUGGAAAUCGCCCAUUGUCUAAGGCUGGAUAUGCUGCUUUGAGUAGAGCUCUGAAUAUUCCCCAACAACAAGAGAGAAACAAUGAGAGAUUAAAAACAGAAGAGAAUACAGUCUGGAAACCACCUCAAAAAAGUAAUCCAUAUUUCUCCAGAGGACCCAACUCAUGUAAAGUAGACAUCCAGAAUGGCUUGAGUGCAGAUGAAGCAUUGCAACUGGCACUGGAGCGGUCUUUACUGGAAACCGGAAUAAAUAGCCUACAAGAGCUAAGCCUUCAGGAAGAAGACCCGGAACUAGCUAAGGCUUUGGCUGCCAGUAACAACAACUUGAACAUUCAACGGAAGGCUUUAAAAGCUACUGGCAAAUGAACUGUACAAACUCUUAUGUAAAUCCAAAUGGGAACCUGAUCUUUGUACAUAAAGGGGAAUUUUCAUCACAAAUAUUUCAGGAAUUUACAAACGUUCACUAUGUAUAAAAAAAAAAUUGCUUAUUUUUCUAUCAGAGGCUUGAAGCCAAAUGUAAACUUCAAAAAAACUUUUAAAAGAAUUUCAACUUUUUUUUUUUUUUUUUUUUUAAAUCAUUUUUGCGCAAUUUUUAUCUUCAGCUAAAAUGUAUAGAAUUGUCUCCGUUUAUCGAUUUUUAGUUUAAAUGUUCUUGACUUUGCAACGUUUUAUGUUUUUUAACUCCUGUUCUGGUAUGCUGUUUAAAACGUAAGAGACUGAUUUGCAAUAUUUAUUUGUUUGAAUUUAUCAAUUAAAAAUAAUUCACAAUGA